ACUUUCUGAGUUUCUGUGUGUUGACAGACAAGAGAAGAUAAGACAACGCAGACAAACGAAAUUUGCUACGCUAAUCGUAAAUAGAGUAUUUUGUAAUUUUCAUUGGUAUUUCAUAUUUCAAGUUGCAAAUGGCUUGAAAAAGAGUGAUACAAUUACCGCGCUCUUAACUUUCAUGUCCCGAAGUACCCAAGUAUUAGUGGAGUUUCGUCAACAUGGCUCGCACCAUCCUGUUGUUUUGUUUAGUUAUCUUCAUUAACACGGUUGCGCCGUGCAAGGUGUCGUUAUCGAAUAAUGGGCCGGCGGUGCGUGGCUCGAACAUCACGUUCACGGCCACUUUGUCGCAGAGUUGUAUAGGGGAAAACCUGAAGUAUGUGUUUAUGGACAGCAGUCCUUACACAAGCGAUACUGAGUUCAUGUCCACAACUGGUGUCGUAAACUGGACCGUUGAGUAUAAACGGAAUCUGUACAUUGCUCGUCAGUACACAGCAGAAGUCCAUGUCAAAAGGCUCUACAAUAUCAUCAACUUGUACAUUGAGAUUGCUAGAGCGAGCGAUGACUUCACUCUCACAGACACCCUUCACGGCGGACUUGUUCUCAGACAGAACAACGUCAUCCGCCCCAACACCUUCGUAGCCGUCAAUCAAACGGUACAUCAUUACAUAGAACUGCCCCAAGCAGAGAUGGACUUCCUCAAGGCCAACGCUUCCCAAGUCAUCACCUUCUGGUUCAUCGACUGCAAAUAUAUCGAUCAGACAACCACCAUGUCUUUAGACAACACAUAUCAUGACACUAUGAGCAAACACAACAUUGACGUUCUAGUUGUCGCUAACAACGAUCCUUUACCGCCAAUAACAACAACAACUACUACUACUACUACAACAACAACGACAACAACAACAACUACAACAACAACAACUGAAAAGCCUGGUGAAGUGAUACCAGUACAUAAUAUAACCAAGCGAGCGGCGAAGAGGAAGAGUCCUCUUAAAGAUUUUAUUUGUCGCGAUACGAUAGUGCCUAUUGGAGAUCAUUAUACAUACGGGCAUUAUCAAGCCACUUUGAAUGUUAGAGAACCAAUCUCCAAAAUAAACAUUACCGGUCGCAACUGGCUACAGCACGGGGACCUCCUCAAUCUCGAGGUCAAAUACACCGGCUCACCUCCCUUCGACUUCUGCGCCCAAUAUAAAAAGGGGGAAUACAAUAUCACUGGGAACGAAACGUGUUCUGUCACGACCAGGACCGUUGUUAAUACGUUCCCGUUGGUCCGGUAUUUUCUGGAUAGCGACCAGCAUACUGUGGUGGUGAUUAUUGAGAAUGACAUGGGAAGGAAUGUUUCUAGGGCUACUAUUAAUAUUUAUAAAGCGUUGGUGCACGCGCAGCUGUCCGUGAUCGUGGUGCCCGUCGUGUUCUGUCUGCUCGCCGUCAUUUUGGUGGUGUUCGGCGUGGCUUACUACCAGCAUCGCUCUAGAUACACAAUAGAAGUAGCUGACUUCGAUUUCGGCCAACAAGCCAAUUUAGACUACAAGACGUUCAGCGAGCGCCUUCGGGACAGCUUCCGGAGCGCCCUCAACCUGCGACACGACUCCGAGACGGACCCGCUCACUCCCAACUCGCGGUACGACUCAUAAACGUACCACACUCAGAUUCAUGCAAUUUUCUACCAUGUUCUACUUAAUACACGGUUCAAUUUCGAAUGGCGUUCAGUCAUCGAUUUUAGAGAGCUGCCGCGGCGCUUUCGAUCUACGACACGACUCCGAGACGGACUUGCUCACUCCCUACUUGCGGUACCACUCAAACUUACUUCACGAAGAUUCAUGCAAUUUUCUACCAUGUCCUACUUAAUAUACAGUUGAAUUUUGAAUGGCGUUCAGUGAGUGAGAUAGCUUCCGCGGCGCUCUCAACUUACGACACGACUCCGAGACGGACCCGCUCACUUCUAAUUCGCGAUACGACUCUUAGCGUCACUUGCACCAUCCCACUAACCCGGGGUUAACUGGUUAAACCAUUAUCCCAGUGUCAAAUUGUACUGGUAACCAUAGUUACUCAAGGUUUAACCGGAUAACCCCGGGUUAGUGGGAUGGAUAACCGGUUACACCUGGAGUAACCAUGGUUACCCUUACCUGCACAAUUCGAUACAGGGUUUAACCGGUUAAUCUCGGGUUAGUGAGAUGGUGCAAGUGGCGCUUAGACAUCCACCAACACGAUACGUUGAAUUUAAUACCAUAUCCUACUUAAUAUACGGUUGGAUUUUGAAUAACGUUCACAUUAUCUUAGUAAAUAUACGGUCGAACUUUGGAAUGAAAUGACGAUCAGCGAACGCCUUAAUAACAACACAGUUCAAUUUUCAAUCGUAUCUCCGUCUACUUAUGAUUGGAUUUUGGUUGCGUCUGCUAGUUCCAAAACUAACUUUGUGCAAAAUUUACAUUCUAAAAAUCUCUGGUAUAGCUACAGUGCAGUAAAAAGCAUAUCUGACCGGCUAACAUGACUUGCAUUCUCGCACGCGACAUACAUCUAGCGCGCUUCAGGUAUGGAGUCGCGCGCGAUAACACAAGUCAAGCUAGCCAGUCAGAAGUAUUUAAAGAAAUACCUUUCCAAGGGUUGGACGCUGUUAUUACUGCAAAUUUCUGUUGUAAUCUUUGUUACAUAUCACCAGAAAGGGGCCCAGGACCGCUUCGUCCACAAUUCUAUUUCGUCACCUUCUUAACUUGUCAUUAUUGCCAAAUGUUCUGAUUUGUUAACACUCCUACAUCAUCAUCUUUAGUGCAAAAGUUAUCUUAUUUAUAGAAGUCAAAACGGGAAUGUGAACGAUCUGGGAUUGUGGUCAAAAUGGUAAUGUGGACGAUCCAAGAAGGCGACAUAAUAGGAUAGAAAGGAACUUUUGAUUGUUAGACAAACAAUAUCUUAUUUCUAUUUAAAAAUAUUGUUGUUCAGAACUAACUUCGAGACCCAUAAAAUAGAAAAGUUUUUAUUCUCAACUCUUUUUACUUUUGUGCGUAAAAUUGUCACAUUUCAAGUUCGAGAUGAAAUGAAGACGUCUAGACAAUGUAAACGGGGUAACGUAACCAGAUUUGUACUCAAAUCGAGAUGCAUCCAUUUGGAAGUAAAAUGACGCACUGAAAUUUUACUGUAUUUGCCUUCGUGCCAAAAAACUUAGAUUUUGUUUGCUUUAUCAAACUGCUAAACUUGUUUUUUACUCAUCUCGCUAAAAUUUCAGUGCAUCAAUAGUUAUUUGUCUGCGGAGUUAUUAUAUGCCGUGAGUUACAGGUACAAAUUUUGUUAAUAAUUACUACCCGGGCGAUAACUCGGUGGCUAAGGGAGAUCUGUGAUGACGUCUCGUGAACGUCAGCUGCUGUCACGUCGGUGGUUUGAGAAGGAACGUGGUCAUAAAAAUGUGUUACUGGCUUACGUUCCUUAUAUUGAAUACCGAUAAAUUAAAGUCUUAUCGUUGCUCUGUUGCGGCUCUCAGUGCAAAAAAGACAGUAAACCUUUUUGACGCUAGAUGAUAAAGUAGUUGUGAAAGAAUUAAAGAAAAAGCUUGUUUUUAUAAACUGUAUUAAAACUUUAUUAUUACUUUACUUUUAUGUGUGUAUGGAGUUAUGUCGUCUUGCAAAAACUGCCCACGUUUCAGUAAAAAACGAGACAUUAAUAUUUUCAGUGUAUGAAAUGAACAAUUAAAUAGUUAGUCUAAAAUUUAUUUAUCAAUGAAACAUAAUUUUUUUGAAAAAUUGUAUCUCUUCGGCAGCAAAAAAAUUACACCUGAUUUUUAAUUUAUGCGAAGAUAUUUUUAUUUACAUAGUCGUAUUUUUAACGUUUAAGGUAUUUUUUAUUUAUUAGAUAGUGAUCUCUACAUUAUAUUUAGUUAUUAAUUAAAUUAGACAUUGACAUAAAUUAUAAUUUUUUCAACAUUUGCUUGGCGCUUUUAUGCCUCAUAUCGUAGACAAAAUAAUGCUAAGAUGGCGAAAUUGUGCAAAAUAUUGGAGCCGUUAUUCCGAACGCUGUAAUGUAUGGAGCUGUAUGGACAUAGGAUAAAAAAAAACAUUUAUUGCAGAUCAAUGAUCCAUAGGAUGUUAGUAACAAUUUUGACUUAAUAACUGAGUUAGUAGGCGCAGAAUAUAUACAAAAAAUAUAUAUACAAGAAGUCUCAUCCUAUGGCCCUUCCGAUGGCCACUUCGACCCAAUAUUUAGUCACAGGGCAGUCAAGACUUGUUGUUGUCUUGUUGUCACGCGCUAAAGUUUGAUAAUGUAUUACAAAACGCCACAUACAGCUAAACUGUGGAAUGAACCCGCGGUCUUUCCGGACCGAUACCACCUUCAAGAAAAGAGCGUACUUGCAUCUAGAAGGCCGGGAAAGCUCUUGCAACCCCUCUGGUGUUGCAGGUGUACAUUACGAUCCAUACUGAUUAUACAUCGGGCGAUUCGCAUCUGGUGCCGUACUGUGUGGUCUCCUUUAGCUGGCAAGAUUUUAGGCUACAUUAUUUUGCACUAUUUUACAUAUGUUGGUAUUCCUUUGUGUACGCCCAUAUCAAAUGGCUACACCCGACUGAUAAGUGCCGGCAUUCCAGAUAUGUAAUUUAAUACUUAAUGUUUCUGUUUGAUUUGAUAUCGUAUUUUGUUAUUGUACAUGUAGCAAAAACAUUUACGUAAGUAUUAUAGAUAUCAGGGACGAGUCAAUAAUAAAAAAAUACUGUAUUUAUUUUUAUUAUUAAAGUUUGGUUUAGAAAAUAAGUCUUAUAUUACUUUAUAUUAAAGAGAAUUUGAAAUGGAGGUGGAUUGUCGAAGAAAACUUUGCAGCCACAGUAAAUUUACUGCCAUCUUUCAACACAUGAUUAAAACUUUUAGUACACCAUUUGAAUUUGAUCCUUUCUUUUCUUUAUUCUUUCACUGAUAUGUGUUAAAUUUGUUAAAAAUCAAUAUGUGGCGCCAUCUAAUAGAUCAAAGGCCAAAGGUAUUCUUUAUUAAUUCAUUGAUAUGUGUUAAAUUUGUUGAAAAUCAAAAAGUGGCGCCAUCUAGAUCAAAGGCCAAAGGUAUUCUUUAUUCUUUCACUGAUGUGUUAAAUUUGUUAAAAAUCAAAAAGUGGCGCCAUCGAGAUCAAAGGCCAAAGGUAUGGCGGCACCGUUUCGAGCGAUGACGCCACAACCUUUAGCCGAUGCCCGGUAAGGUGGAGCCACUUUUUGAUAUUUAACAAAUUUAACACAAAUGGCGUUCUAAAAAUGUUAAUCGUGUGUCGAAAGAUGACAGUAAAUUUACUGUGGCUACAAAAUUUUCUUUGAUAGUCCAACUCUAUUUCAAAUUAUCCUUGCUUUAAAUAAACGAACACAAAUGUGACAUUAUCUAUGAAAAGGGACCUUAUUGUCGAUGACGCUUACGCCGCACUGCGUAGCGCGGCGUUAUUUAUAAUAUGGGAGCAUCGUUGAUAAUGGCGUAAGGGCAACCGACAAUAAGGUCCCUUUUCAUAGAUAAUGUCACAAAUAUGUGUAAAUAAUAUAGUGUAUAAUUUCACAGCAGCUAGCGGAAGCCGUUAUUCAUAAUUCGUUUUUCUACAAUACUGACGUUGAAGAAGAACACAUCAUUGUAAUUUGUAUAAAAAACUAAAUGUUUUUAUUAUUUACUGGUUUUUGAUACAGUCGUAGUUAGACAAAGACUUUCUAAUAAUGCAUUAAAUCUUUAUGUAACUCUAUGGUAUUGUUUAUAACUAUUUAUUAUACAUUUUACUUGAAUUUAAUAUGAACUGGACAGUCAAAAUCAAGUGAUCAGUCAUGUUUUGUGAUAUACAUAUAGGAUAGAUGAAUUAGCUCUAGUAGUGUAUAUAAGCAUUAAACAUGAAAUUGAGAAUUAAUAAAAUGUUAUUUAAAUAUAAA